AUGGUAAGCCCUAACCCUGCUCCCUCCUACGCACUUCGUGGAACCCUAAUCUCUCCCCGCUUGUUCUUCGUGGGUUCCUUCGACUCUCGUCUCGUCGAUCUUGUUCGUGCUAGGGGUAUCGAUCUCGGUGCCGGCGGUCGGAGCAAGAAGGCCAGACGCACCGCCCCAAGGUUCGACGAUGUCUACCUCAAGCUCCUUGUUUCUAGUGUGGAGGACGGAAGCAAGUUUACCACGGCGAUACGAGAACGGCUCUUCACGAGCAAGAUUAACCAGCCGGAUGACAAGAUCACCGUCAUUGUUGUGACGGUGAUGGAUGCUAAGAGACACUACGAGGUGCUCUCUUUGGCUGUGACGGCACCGAGGGUCAUGGGGACAUCCGAGGCGAGGAUCCUCAAGGUUGGGUGA